AUGGCGAAUGCUGUGUGUCAAGAUUACGAAUGUGGUCCAGACAUAUGCAUAGAGGAGACACGAACAGAGUUACAGUCGGCCCCUCUGACUAGUGAAGAAAGCGACACAGCAGAUGCAGAAGGUCGGAUGUCCUCGGAAAAUUCGCCACUCAGACAACGACGGGGCGGUAUCCUAAAGGGAGGCAGGCUGUGGAAAUCUUUGGAUACCGAUAAAGAAAUAGAGCAGAACGACGACCAGCGAUCGACGACCACGGCCAGUGACGAAGAUGGAUCGGUGACACCGCGCUCUGUGCGGUUCCUCGAUCGCCAUAAGGACUCCACUGAGAAAGCUAAGAGCGAACCCGAACCUACGCCAUCAGACAACGAAACCCCUAUACAGAAGGAACAUAUUACAACUACCUCACAUAAAUUGGAGACGCCGCUGAUCCUGACAAUAAACCAGCCCAAGACCAACUCUGCUGUUCAGCAACUGUUCAACAGCAGUCGGCCCCCUCCACCCACUAUCGAGCCUCAACUCGUCACAUCCGAAACUCUUAGAGCUUGGGAUGCCGGGGUACGGCCGAAGAUGGAGGAGGCUGCAGUGCGUCGGGUAGCUGAAAGAAAUGCUCUCAGAUGUUCGCUACUGCGGAGUGAAGCUCGCAAAAAACAACAACCAAAGCAACCAGAAACCACAUCUCUAGCGGAGCGUAUCCGUCUUCUGACUUGCGACGUGGAAGAUGAACACGAGGAGCAGCGGUCUUCGCCAGCAGGGGCCAGUGUCGAUAAAUUCUCGACUAGCAGCGACAAAUCGUUCAACAGUCUCGACAAGAACAGCGAAAAGGCGUUUGGAAGUGCCUCUUCGAGUUCAUCAUCGUCUACUUUGUCAGCACCCGUGCAGUCGCGUCAGCAACCACCUGACCUAGGGGAUUUGCAUCACGAUGCUCAGAAGUUGCGAUCGGAACCACGACGACAGUUUCUCUCCACACUUGCACCUCUAACGGCCUGCGUGGGCAGUGCAGCACAUCACGAGGGUUUCUACUACGUGCCACCAGGAGACAGAACAUCUGCGUCUUCAGCCACUAACAUUGACCUGCAAGAUCACAAUGAAACCCCCGCUCCCGAUGUUGUUGCUGGCACCCCGGGAGCUGGAGAAGGCGAUGAGGGUCUCGCGGCAUUUGCGCGCGCGGCGGCUCCGCGGACAGAGCGCAUUCGCCAGCGGUACAGCCAGGAAUCUCAGUCACAAGCCAGCAGCGAUGAUGAGCAUGACGAUUAUGGGUUCCAUCGCCGGCCAAACGUACGCGGUGUGUCAGUGAAACAGCAGCUGGGUGCUUCAAACGAAAUUUUGCAACAGAUGCAAAAUGAGCUACAGCCCUCGCCGACGGCGUCAGCAACGCCCACUCAGCCUCACGCCUGUCAACGAACCACUUCUAACUACUCCUGGCCGUAUUACUCUGAGGCUAACCUGAACUCACGGCCACAAAGUCGCGCUAGCGCUAGUUCUACUUGGUCCAAGUCGUCGGACUAUGUCACGGCACGACAGCACGGCGGCACGCCGGUGCCACAGCAGCAUUCGGAUGCGUGUUACGCGCACGCUCAGUCUAUGGCCUCCUACGCGCACUAUCAGCGCCAACAACAGGACAUGUACAGGAAUUGCUCGCUUUACGUCAAUAUCGGAUGUUCGGACAGCAGUCAGGAGCUGUAUAGUUCUCAGACGAGCUCAGAGCAGACGUCGCCGGUGCGCGCGGUGCAACGUUGCCGUCGCCCGGAAUCGCCUCCACCAAUCCGCACGCACCAUCAAUUGCUUUACGUGCCCUACAGCGCGCAUUAUCACUACCAGCACGACUAUUCUACCCAUUGGACUCCGACUGAUUACUCGCGCAUGCACCAGUACUACCAGCAGCAGCAGCGCAGUAGCGGCACGAGCACACCACAGCAGCAACCGCAACCGCAGCUGCCGUCGCAGCCCCAGCAACAGGCACAGCCGAUACCUGUGCAGCCUCAGCGAGCACAGUACACUCACCCCCUACAGAGUCUAUGCCCUGCACCAGCACGAUAUCGACCUGUGCCGGCUCCUCAACCCGGGGGAGGAAAGCAAAUGAUCUGCUAUUCCGAAAAGGUGGCAGCGCCCUUGUACCAGCCAGCCCCAGGCUCCCCAUCUCGCGCAGCUAGAGGCGCCCCUGAGGGAGCUCCGUCGGGAGUAUUGAACUCUGCUACUGCAGCUACCUCUCCUAUCGCCCCACCUCCUAACCCUGUUUACUACGCUAUGAAUGUCUGACGGGGAGACUAGGUGAAAAUCGUGGUGGGCCCUUCAGGAGAGGUCCGAAUCAGUGUGAACCAGCCAGCGACUCCCGCAGACACUGAAAAUGAAACACAGUGAAACAAACCAAACGAUUACUGCUACGUCUUAUACUUCCGAUGCUAAGCAAUAUUGUAAACUAAAAUAAGUCCGCUUUUCUUAGUACUUUUACUUUAUAGGCAAGAAAUAGUCAUGAAAUUACAAAAGUCAUGAAUUCGUUCAAUGCUUCUGUCAGUUGUCCCGAAUAUUUUGCCAAUUGUACCCAAAUAAUUGGAUACAAUCCUACCAUUUCUAUUCUUAUACUUUAAGAAAUUGUUAUUUUAAUGCAAUCGGAGAUUCUUAAUAUUUUUAAAUAACGUAAAUUUAUUAGGAAAAUACUCUGCUACCAAAGAAUAACAGGUAUCGCCAAAGAAAAUUAGGUUACCCAUUUAGAAUGCCAAAGAAUCGUUUUGAAAAUUGUUGAAUUAAAUAUUUUUAUAAAGUUUGAUUUAAAAUUAGAUUUUAUUAAUAGGUAAAAACUGCCAAUAAAUAUUUACGAGGAGUUAUCCACUUAGAGAGGAAGACUGCGAAACGCUUUUUCACUGAGUUUACGCUAGGUUUCAAACCAAGUCUGCUCCCGGUCAUAAAUUGUUUAACCUUUGGGAUGUUGGUGCAAAGUCCCUUGUGUACAAACUAUAAGAGCUAACGGGCGGCAUUAAAUAACAACUCAUUCAAAAACCAUAGAAGCAAAAAUAAUAGAACAAUGUGGUUACUUAUUUGUAACAGUUGACAUAAAGUUAAAAUACUUCCUAGAGUGCCAAAAUCCAGUAUUAUUGAUGAUAAUCUAUCAGUAUUUUAUUGUAAAGUACCUGAAUGUAGUUUGUACAUACUGCAUUACAAAUUAUAUCACGGCCGGCCUAGAAUUUGGAUUUCCUUAAGAUAUUUUUGUGCUGGCGGUGGCCCACCUUGAUUUUUAUAACAUAAGGUAUAAUUUAUAUCCCUAAGUAAUAAAUGAUAAAAUAUUGGCAUAGUAUAAUUUAAUUGUGUUUAUGAAAAGAUCGUUUCGGCUUAAACUUAUUGUAGUAAAACUGUACUAAGUAGCCUCAUUACAUUCCCAAAUAAAGUUACGAAAUUGUUAAGUGAUGUUAUAGUUAUAAAGCCUAAAGAGAAAGGCCAAGUUAAUUUUGAUUAUAAUAUGAAACGAAGCCGCACAACUACAAGACCAAAAGGGAGACCAAAAUUCGACCUCAUUAUAUUGAAAAAUAAUAAUUAUUUUUGAGAAACGAGCUCUAGCAAUGUUAAACCGGUUUACUCCUAAAAAUAUACACAACAACGAUAAUGAUGUCGUGUGAUGUGGAGUGAAUUUGACUACAAUAGCUAGUUUGCUGGCACUGUGAUCAAUGCCUCUGUUUCUGUAACAUGAUGCCAAGUCGUCCUCACUGCAUCAGAACGAAGGCAUAAACUGUACCAGCAUAGGUAGAUAGAAUAUUAAAAUAAGUAACGCCUGGAAUUCUCUAAUAGUUCAGUAUUAGCGAAGACUUGUGCAUUUUUUAAUUUUUAUUUCCAAACGAGCUGCUCAUAUAAUGUAGUCGGCACUGUUAUGAAGGAAAGCUAUAAAAAGAAUUUCAGGCUUUGGAACGUCGAUUUUUGUAUGAAGUAAAUAACCCUUAUUCGUAAUUUAUGCAGUGUAGGACAUUACUCAUGUUAUCGAAGUAACUAUUGUGUAAAUUAAUUAUUCUGUGUAAUUGUAACAUAAAUAACGUACCUAGUUUAAGAAGUAACAUCAUGAAGCCCCUCUUAGGCCCAUUUUCUACGAAUGCGUAGAAGAAAAAGUUGUGUUUCAAAACUAAUAAUAUAUCGUUAUUUUAACUAACAGCGUGAUAAUGAGACAUGAAUAUAGCGCUUUUGUAGACAAUGGACGUUAAACUUAUGAAAUAAAUGUGUUAACUUUUGAAAAGUACCAUGGACAUCACAAUCAAUUAAAGUUAUCUCUAAUAUAUUUACAUUACACACCUGGGUACAAAUUGCGUAAGAAGGUAGGUACACAGAAGUAAGUGACAUGUUUUAAAAUCGUGUUUAGUAAGAAAUAGUAAGGGGCCGAUAGACUCUAGGAGUUGUAGCUUUCAAUGUUAGAUUUAUCGUGCCUAAGUAUUUACAGUAAAGUUAGUAAUAUGUACAUAUUUAUGUUAUUUAUGGCGUUAAAAGCUAAUCACAUUUUAUUUACAAAAGUUUUUAUAGAUGCUAUUUUAUUAGGUAAUUAAUUAAUCUAUUUAUUUAUCAAUAAAACAAGUUCCAAGGUAAAAAAUAUCUUAAUAUGUUAUUGUUCUGUUUGUAUCUGUUUUUUUUACAUUUAUUUUGUCAGUUGUUGUGUAAAUCAAAGCAUCUGUAUCGAUUAUGUAAGAUCUGAUAAUUGUGUAGCCACUGUAGUGCGUUACUCUAAGGUAAUAACUAAGUGACCUAUUUAAUAAUAUUACAAGGCUAAUAAAUUACUAUUUAAUUUUGUCAAACCUAAUUUGUUCAUAAAGUCGUAGUUAUUUUGGAAUGUGAUAUUUAUACCUCUUUUAGAUUUAAGAGCUAGGCUCUUGUUGUUGUUUUACCGCGAUUUAGCCCUUAGGGCGCCUUCAAAUUAGAUGCAUAUAGAAACUCUACAGUUGAACAGCAGUGGAGCUGCAGCCGCGACACUACCAAUUUGCACACAAUAUUUAGAAGUGCAGUUGCAGUAUCACUGUCGUCACACGUGCGCGCCAUUUUUGCAGUCUACAUUCACUAAGUGAAUUAAAAAUCACUAAAGCGCACCAGACGCGCGACUGUCGCGACACCGUCGUCGCGCCACUA